UACGGAAGAGGUGAACAUGGCGGACAGGAUUGGAGGUGGAUUUUAAUAAAUAAGGGUAAAGAUACCGUAAUUUCGUUCUUCUCAGAGCACGACAGCAACAGCGGUUCGUCUGUUCUGGCCAGGACUCACUGGGACCGACGAUUUGUUUACGUGUCGGGAUGUCAGGGGCCGGGGGGCCCGCGGAGCGCUCCUGGAAGAGGCAUGUGGUGGAGCAGCUGAAGCAGAGGGACCGCGUGCAGAGACAGGCCUUCGAGGAGAUCAUCCAUCAAUAUAAUCGUCUCCUGGAGAAGUCAGACCUCCAGGCCGUGCUGUCCGAGAGACUCCAGACAGACAAGUUUGACCAUCAGAACAGACAUGACCUCAGCCCUGGGGUGGAUGCGGGCCGUGCCGACGCCCUGCUUCAGGAAAUGGCCCAGAUCCGGAUCCGACACCAGGAGGAACUGACCGAGCUGCACAAGAAGCGCGGCGAGCUGGCCCAGAAUGUGAUCGAACUGAACAACCAGAUGCAGCAAAAGGACAAGGAGAUUCAGAGCAAUGAGAGCAAGAUGCUGCAGUACCAGCAGCGUAUCUCUGAGCUGGAGGCGGAAUGCAGGGAGCUGUGCAGCAGCCUUCAGGAGCUGGAGCAAGCCAAUCAGACGCUGAAGGACGAGUACGACGCCCUGCAGAUCACCUUCAGCGCCCUGGAGGAGAAGCUGCGCCGCACCACUGAGGACAACCAGGAGCUGGUCUCCCGCUGGAUGGCAGAGAAGGCCCAGGAGGCCAACCGCCUCAACGCUGAGAACGAGAAGGACAGCAGGCGCAGACAGGCCAAACUACAAAAGGACCUGGCAGAGGCAGCAAAGGAGCCCCUGCCACUCGACCCGGACGACGACAUCGAGGUCCUGCAGGAGGACACUGCAGAGGCGACGGGCGAGACCUCCCCUGGCAGGGCGAUCAGCCGCACUCCGAGCAGGCGUAUCUCCCAGCCGCCCCAAGCGGGUAUCCUGGACUCUAUCUCCAACAUCUUUGGGUAUGGUGAGGUUGGCUUGGUGCGUCGUUCAGUGAACAGUUCCCCAGACAGCACAGAGGUAGAGACGCACACAGGGGUGUGUGCAGAGGUGCGCCUGCCCUCCACUGCCCUGCAUACCUUUGAUGCCCAUGAUGGAGAGGUCAAUGCAGUGUGUUUCAGUCCUGGGUCUCGCCUCCUGGCUACAGGCGGGAUGGAUCGCAGGGUCAAGCUCUGGGAGGUGGUCUCUGGACGCUGUCAGCUGAAAGGGGCUCUUACUGGAAGCAACGCCGGGAUCACAAGCAUAGAGUUUGACAGUGCAGGAUCCUACUUACUUGCGGCCUCCACUGACUUUGCCAGCAGGAUCUGGACUGUCGAUGAUUUCAGGCUGCGACACACCCUCACGGGACACAGUGGAAAGGUGCUGUCUGCCCGCUUCCUGCUGGACAACGCCCGCAUCGUCUCCGGCAGCUACGACCGUACACUCAAACUCUGGGACCUGCGCAGCAAAGUCUGUAUGAAGACAGUAUUUGCAGGCUCCAGCUGCAAUGACAUAGUGUGUACAGAGCAGUGUGUCAUGAGCGGACACUUUGAUAAGAAAGUGCGCUUCUGGGACAUUAGGUCAGAGUGCAUCGUGCAAGAGCUAGAACUGCAGGGCCGGGUUACAUCCUUGGAUCUGAACCACGACCGGACUGAACUUCUUACCUGUUCGCGUGACGACCUGGUGAAGAUCAUCGAUCUGCGUAGUAACGCCGUGCGGCAGUCCUUCAGUGCUCAAGGCUUCAAGUGUGGAGCAGACUGGACCAGGGUAACGUUCAGUCCUGAUGGUUGUUAUGUGGCGGCUGGUUCGGCGGAUGGAACCCUAUUCGUGUGGAAUGUGCUGACGGGGAAGUUGGAUCGGACCCUGGACAAAAACCACAGCUCUGCCAUCAAUGCAGUGUCCUGGUCUCCGUCGGGGGCCUACGUCGUCAGCGUGGAGAAGGGGAGCAAGGCCGUCCUGUGGUCUGACAUCUGAUUGGCUGACAGACUGCCCAGCCCACCUGCGGGGUGCUGCCUCCUGAUUAGUCAGCAUAGAAAGGGUGGAAGAGUUGUCUCCAGGGUGGAAGAGUUGUCUGACCAUCCUAUCAGACAAACCCCCUGUCUGAGGUCACACUGGGGAGCGACCCCCCCCCCAUGUGACUGCAGCAUGGGGAGCAGGACGAGGGGUCAGGAGUGGCGUGCUCACACAUUGUGCUGCAGGAACCACGCUGGCUGAGGCCCGGUUGUCCCUCACACACUGUAGCUGCUCAGUUCGGCUCUCCAGUCAGCCUGUUUUACGCUGUCACUGCAUACAGCAUGAUGGCAGUUUCUCACAUCAGCUCAUGCCGCAUACAGUCUGGCUGCGCUGACCGCACGUCACAUACUGCGGCAGUGUUUGUGAGAGAUUGACUGUUGGUUAAGCUCAUUCAUCCACAUUUUCCACACUACUUGCCAGUAAAACCACUUGAAGGUGACUCCAUUAGACCUGCCUUUCACCUGGCCAGCUAUAUGCCAUUUUCCAGUUAAAUGCAAUCUGAAAAUUCACUCAGUGCUGAGUUGAAAUUGGUUUUGUCGGUAUAACAUUUCAAGCUGUGCAAAUCAGAACAUCCCAGCCUGAGAGAAAAUAAUAAAUACACAGCAAUAAUCAUAGUAAGUGUAAUAAGCGGUGCAAUUAUGAGUUGGCUACGAUUGUGAAAUGACGUGCCUGCUGAACCCACCACACUUAUGCUGGCUAACUGCAGCAUACCCUACCCAUCUGCAGACCUUUGCAGGGAAAUCAGGCCAUGCUAGCCUAAAUGGAUAAUGGAAUAUUCACCAUUUGGCAAAAUGCCCUCCCCAUCAAAUACUGCCACCUAGUGUUUUGUGCAGUACUGCACUGUGUAUGCUACAAAUUCUGGGAUUUAUCUUCUACACAAAGGGCUCUCGUCUCCAGCAUGGUGUGUCUGUGAGUGAACACAUCACGGUUGUUGGUGUUUACAUUGCAUGUGUUUUUGGUCGAAUGAGUCAGCCUUUGCUGGACAGAGCUACAGUGUGACACUUAGGGAUUGACACCAAGAAAUUCCUUUACAACUCCAAUAAUCCUUUCAAAUGUAACAAAGAAAACGUAAACAUUUAUUAUAUAUGUUCAUAUGUUGAUAUACAUAUCUCACUAUACAGAUGUAUUUAUGUGACUUCUGACAAGAGUGUGUGAUGUGUGUCCUGUUUGGUGUAAUAUUUAUGCAUGUCAUGUUGUCUCAUUUGGCUCUCUGUAGUUCUCCUUUCUGGCCUCUAGGAGGCAGUGCAACUGGAGCAGUGGGAGGCAGGUUGUGUUCAGACUAUUUCUCCCCAUAUUGAAACAAAUAGCGGACCUGGUACAUAGCAGUGCCCAUGUUUGGAGCUCAAGAGCAGGAUCCCCAAACAGCAGCUGGUGGCUAAAACUUGGCCUGCAAAACUGAAUCUCGAUGACUGGUGGUCAUGGCUGUCUGCAGUGAGACAUUUUCACUUUGUGGUCUUACUGAGCAACAGAUCCUGACUGUACUUCAAGGGUGGUUCAUUGUAGUACCAACCACAGACGUUUUGAUUCUUGGAAAGCUCAAGGUGUCCAAGUAAUGCUCCAAUCACAUACUGUAUUGUUGGCAUAUGAACAGAGCUCACAUUAGCAGUUUAAGAGGAACACUGUGUAAUAACUAUCAUCAUAAUUGCUCUCUUCUUCAUAAAUAGAGUUGAAAAUCUUUGAAGUACAGGUAGUCAGUCUGCAUUGGGUUUUAUAGUCACAUUCCUACCAGUUCCUCUGGAACACUGCUGACCAUGGUCUCCAAGUUGUCAGCCUAUAGAAACAGUUUAAUACACUGAGCCAAGCUGUCUGUGUGGCUUUUGUGUGUGUGUGUGU